AUGCUAACGAUCUUAGAAAUAGUACUGAGAACCCUUUCAAAAGAAUGGCGUAAUGACGAAUACCCAGUAACUCAGCAACAGAAUAUUCAGAGUGAAUGGGACAAAGUUACUGGAACUUGGAACUGCGGAACCCAGAUUCACAACUCGGUCUCGCUCCAGGUUGUCAGUUUAGCGGACAACUUGUUAGGCCCUGAAGUAGACGACCUGGACAUGGACGAGCGGCCCGAGACUGCUGAUACCUUCCACGGCAUCGACGACGGCCUGCUGGAGCCUAUCGACAAGACUCCAGAGAUUUUCGGCAAUGGCGACGUGGACAAAAAAGAGCUAGACCCGGACGACCCGCACGCGACGUCAGAAGACGGCGUGGGCGCAUCCGACGGUAAAUGGGAGUGGCCCCCCGACGAGACCGACUACCCCUAUGACAUCGGCAACAGAUUCGGCGCAGACGACCGGCCUAUUUCACCCAUACCCGGCAUAAACCGUUUGCUUUCGGCCGGCAUCCAGCGCCUUUCUUUAAUGAAGUCGCCUUUCCAAUAUAUGAGGCUGCGACAACCGCGUCCUGCGCAGCGCAUUCCGUCGAUCCCGGACGUGAACACGUACCAGCAGAAGAAGAACCUGGCGCAAGGCAUGAUGGACCUGGCGCUGCUGUCGGCCAACGCCAACCAGCUGCGCUACGUCAUCGAGUCCUCCUCCGCCGGCCAUCCAUACUACUACCUCAGCGUCGUCUUCAUCUCGCUCAGCAUCAUCCUUCAGGUGGCAGUGGGCGUUGGGCUGAUAAUGAACAGCCGGUACAACGUGAAGGAAGAGAAAGACAUCUGCAAGGCGGACAAGAUCAACAACAUGACGGUGCUCGGCAUCUUCCUCAUCACCAUCGUCAACGUCUUCAUCGCCUCCUUCAGCGUCGGGCCCGUCAGCACCAAUCCCGCGCCCAUCCCUAUUCAGCAGGCCGGCUGAUAGCUCACAAACUCCUAAAAAUAGUUCGGGAUACCCUAAUGCCCGUUUUCACCAUUAAGUAAUCUGUAUUUUUAAGUGACCCCUAUGAAAACAAAAUUCCUGUUAGGUGUUAUCAUAGGGGUCACUUAAAAAUAGGGAUUGAUGGUGGCUUAAAGUUGACAACACAACCUUAUUCAAAUAGUAAAGAAGACGUGUCUUUAGGCUACUUUUGACGCUGCUGUACAGUCCAACUGUUCAACAAUCUUCUCAUUAGGGAUUUUAUCAUUAAAACACCUAUGUAUGUACUAAUACUGAUAUAGAACAGUCUUUACCAAAGACAUGGUGCUGCAGAAAAUAGUGCAAUUUAUAAUGUUUCGGAUCUCAUUUUAUACAAUUAGGCCCGUUUUAAAAUACUUUCUCAGUUUCUCGAUAGUAUUUUUACUAUUUGGAAAAUACUAUUUACGGUAAAAAAUAGUCUUUUAAAUUCUACAAGUUGACAAAAAGAAAGACUCACUGUCAACAAUUUUCUGGGAUCAUUGCAGCAGGUAUGUGAACCCAAACCUCGAGUAUUUGUUCAAGUCCCGAACCCCAAACUCACCGUUUGGUUUUGGUUCGCAUUCUUAAUAUUCUCCACUUCCUACAGUAGAUACCAUUUUAGAAUCCAGCCCUUAAUCUCAAAGGAGGAUUAAUCAAACAUUAAUGACAAAAAAUAAUUUACUGGCAGAUGUACCUAUUGCCAGAAAGUAGUACAAUAGAUGAAAUAUUAGCAUUUUUCAAUAGGUCUGACUAAAUAUUGAUCUGAUUUUAAGAAUGUCAAGCUAGUGUACAGUUUGUACAUUUUUUUUAUUUGACUUAUUAUAAGUUAAGCAGCUCAAUCUUAUCUCCACUUAAUGAUGGUGGUAUUUAAGUUUAAAGUGUCGAAUGUUUGCGACUAGUCAAUAAGCGCAAGUAAUGCACGGAUAGGUUAGCUUUUGAAAUCGAGAUUAUUUAAAAAUGCCUAAUAAAAACAAAAAUCUAGACUAAACAUUAGACUAAAGCAUCGAGCGUUUACCAGUUUUACAAAAUACCUACCUAUAUUCUUUUUUCACACUUGUUUUCUUUUGGUAUUCACUUUUUUACUUUUGUCAAUUGUUGCAAAGAGUGCCACAGUGUAU